UCUAUGAAAUUCCCAUUUCUAUCUAACGUGGUACUUGUUCUGACCUUCGUUCAAUGUGACUUUCCAGUACCGAUAAAAGCUACUUAGAGGGGAAUGAUUAGCAGAUUCCACCAAUUUUUCACUGUAGUAGUGGUUGCCCGAGUAGGUGCACGCACAAAUCUAGUUUAACCUCAAUAUACUCAACAAGUGGUCGCUAUGGCUUGCCCUAUACCUUCCAAAAAAGGAGACAUCGGCCUGAUCGGUCUGGCCGUGAUGGGCCAAAACUUGAUCCUGAACAUGGCCGACAAUGGAAUUACCGUGGUCGCAUUCAACAGGACUGUGGAAAAACUCCGCAACUUCUUGGCAAACGAAGCCAAAGGUAAAAGCAUCCUAGGCGCUGAGACCAUCCCCGAAUUGGUAUCUAAACUAAAGUCGCCACGACGCAUCAUGAUGCUGGUAAAAGCCGGAUCGGCCGUUGAUAAUUUCAUCACUCAACUACUGCCGCACCUUGAUCAGGGGGACAUCAUUAUAGAUGGCGGCAACUCUGAGUAUCAAGACACGCAAAGACGCACCAAAUCCUUGCAGGAAAACGGCAUCAGAUUCGUCGGAGCGGGAGUUUCAGGUGGCGAAGAAGGAGCGCGUUACGGCCCCAGUCUGAUGCCUGGAGGCAACAAAGAGGCCUGGCCGUACAUAAAGGAUAUUUUCCAAAAAAUAGCCGCCAAAGCCGACGGUGAGCCAUGCUGUGAUUGGGUGGGCAACGACGGAGCCGGACACUUCGUCAAAAUGGUGCACAACGGAAUCGAAUACGGCGACAUGCAACUGAUCGGUGAAGUCUACCACCUGAUGCAAGCUUUGGGUAUAUCGCAAGACCAAAUGGCCGAAACGUUCCAGGAAUGGAACUGUGGAGAAUUGGAUAGUUUCUUGAUCGACAUCACCAAAGACAUCCUCAGGUACAAGGACAAGGAUGGACAGUAUUUGUUGCCCAAAAUCAGGGACACUGCCGGGCAAAAGGGAACCGGAAAAUGGACCGCAAUUGCCGCCCUUAACUACGGAGUGCCCGUCACUCUAAUAGGGGAGGCUGUUUUUAGUCGUUGUCUUUCCGCCCUUAAGGACGAGAGGCAAAAGGCCAGCAAAGUACUGCCGGGGCCCACCGCUAAAUUCUCAGGCGACACGAAGAAAUUCCUGGAAGAAAUCAGACAGGCGCUUUAUGCGAGCAAAAUUGUAUCCUACGCUCAGGGCUUCAUGUUGCUGCGGGAAGCGGCUGGAGUCCACAACUGGAAGCUGGAUUACGGAGCGAUAGCGCUCAUGUGGCGCGGCGGUUGCAUCAUCAGAUCCGUCUUCCUGGCUCAGAUCAAGAACGCCUUCGACUCAGACAAGAACUUGCGAUCACUUCUGCUGGCGCCGUUUUUCUUGACUGCGAUCACAAAAGCCCAAACCGGCUGGAGGAACGUGGUUGCGACAGCAGCCACAUUAGGCGUUCCCACUCCUGCUCUGAGUACGGCACUGGCUUUCUACGAUGGAUACCGAACGGAGCGUUUGCCAGCUAAUCUUUUGCAGGCCCAGCGGGAUUAUUUUGGGGCCCACACUUACGAGCUGUUGGGACAAGAGGGCACGUUUGUCCACACCAACUGGACAGGCACAGGCGGCAAUGUUUCGGCCUCCACUUACGAUGCGUGAUGUUUAUGGUUUUUGUUGACUUUUAUAAUUUAUGUUGUGAAUCAGGGAUAUAUUUUGUA